CUUUCACAGACAGAGUUUCAGGACUUUACCUGCAACAUACCACAGACAGAUACACGUACACGUCGGAAUUUUUUAUUAUUUUAGUCACUACCUUCAGUAUGAGACAACAAUUUUAGCAAAUCGUGAAUUUUAAAUGAAACGAAGAUAUUUGGACUAAGCGUUCGUGACGCAAGUGGAUGCAAUUACAGGUUGAUUAACCUGUUGGGGGACAUUUGAUAUGGAGGAGUCCAGUGACUUGUAUAAUGUGUAUGAAACAAAUACCCCCCCUCCCUGGACAGACCACCAAGAUCAGUGUCUGGAGGAUCUGGAGUGUCUCAGAAGGAAGAUCAAAUAUUACUUUAUGAAUCCUUGUGAGAAGUAUCAUGCUCGUGGACGAAAACCAUGGAAACUCUUACUGCAGAUCAUUAAAAUUGCCAUUAUUACCAUCCAGCUGGUGUCAUUUGGGCUCAGUAACCAGAUGGUUGUCACAUUCAAGGAGGAAAAUCUGAUGACAUUCAAGCACCUUUUCCUGAAAAAUUAUGUUGACGGAGGCAUGGAUACGUAUGCUGUUUACACACAGGAGGAUGUGUAUGAUCAUAUCGAUUACAUCAUUGAACAGUAUGGACAUCUGCACAACAUCACAGUGGGCAAUCAUGAAUAUGAUAAAAAUGGUGCUGUCUACACUCCGCUAUCACUGUGCCAGGAUUUUUACAGAAACGGCACUAUCUACCCUGGAGAUGAGACCUUUGAAAUUGAUGCCCAAGUUCAAACUGAGUGCCUUAAAGUUUAUCCGAUGUAUCACCCGUCAUUGUCGGAAGCACUUCCACAUUUUCAGUUGCAUUUCAAAAGGAUGCUCUCCAUCAAGAUUACAUUUGUUCUCAAGGCCAUAAACUUACAGACAGUGAGACAUCGAGAGCUGCCAGACUGCUACGACUUCACUGUGAUCAUCACAUUCAACAACCAAGCACACAGCGGCAGGAUAAAGAUCGACCUGGAAAAUGAUGUCGACAUCAAUGAAUGCAGAGAUUGGAAAGUAACAGGAGCAUCUGCUAGAAACGAACACCUGCCUAUGUUACUUGACUGCCUCAUCAUUAUAACUUGCAUCACCUCCUUCACGCUCUGUACACGCUCAGUGAUCAAUGGGAUUCAGCUGCAGUUUGAGUACACACUCUACUGCAGUAACCACUGUGAUAAAAAAGUCCCACUGUCAGACAAGUUGGAGUUUGUGAAUGGCUGGUAUAUCCUGAUCAUUUUCAGUGACACAUUAACCAUCAUUGGCUCCAUUCUCAAGAUAGAGAUCCAAAGUAAGGUCCUCACAAGCUAUGAUGUUUGCAGCAUCUUCCUCGGCACAGGCACCAUGUUCGUGUGGAUUGGGGUCAUCCGCUACAUGGGCUACUUUGCAAAGUAUAAUAUCCUCAUCCUGACACUCAGGGCAGCUUUCCCAAAUGUCAUCCGUUUCAUCUGCUGCGCUGGAAUCAUCUACCUGAGUUACUGUUUUUGUGGCUGGAUCGUCCUUGGCCCGUAUCAUGAAAAGUUCCGGACGUUAAACACAGUGUCAGAGUGUCUGUUUUCUCUGAUCAACGGAGACGACAUGUUUCCCACCUUUAAGAACAUGAAGCAGAAGAACAGCCUGGUGUGGAUUUUCAGCAGGGUCUACCUCUAUACCUUUGUCUCGCUCUUCAUCUACAUGAUCCUCAGCCUUUUCAUUACAAUCAUCACUGACACCUAUGACACCAUAAAGCAACAGCAGCAGUGUGGAACUCCAACAUCAGAGCUGCAGAAAUUCUUGUCAGUGUGUCAAGAUCUCCCAGAGUCUGGGGUGUACAAACUCGACAAGAACAAGAGCUGCUUCUUGAAUUGUUGCAUCAACAGGUUCAAGAAGCAUCAAGAGAGGCUGACCUCAGAGGCCUAGCAGGCCUUUAAGGUACAGAUAUUGAAAGACUUUAUUGUAUAAACUAGAACCUAAAAAUUAAUGUGCACUUUACGCUGUUAUAUUUAGUGGAAGUCUUUUCAGUGCUGAAAAGACCGGGGUGAAAAGAUCCCAAGUGACACAAAGGUUAGAGAUAAAGCAAUUGAGUCACUUAAGUCUAAUCUCUAUGAUGCACUAAUGCGGAGAACACUUUAUAAAUACACUUAUUUAUAUUGAUAUGUACCUGGGGAAAAAAAAGAUUGACAUUGAAAUCUGAAAUGCUUUUGUUUUUCCAAACCAUGUCACUUGGAAGGAUCCCAAUGUUGUAUUCUGAAGAUAAUCAAUCAUGGUUAAAUAAAUAAGUUGUAAUGUAAAUUCAUGAGAUUUUAUUUCUCCAUUGUCAGGAGAAAGUAUAAAUAUAAAAGCUACAAUAACUUUUUUCCCCUCUCACUAUUAAAUCACCUGUAAAAUCUUGUUACAAAGAAAAAUCCCAUUUCACUUCAUGACAAUAAUGCUCCACCCAUACACCUUUUAACAAUGGAAAAUUGACAGUAUUUAUUAAAAGCAAUAUCUGGAAGCAGAUUCUAUAAAUGGCUCCACUAGACAUUACUGUAGCAAUGAUGUGAACCUUUAUUUCCCCAGAGAAGAUACGUCAUUUGAUCCUCUUUGAUGAGUUAUUGCUAGAGAGGUCUGAGGUCAAUUCAAACCAGGAUGUACCACUGCUAAAGCAGAAUGGGCUAUGCGAUGUUCCACUUUGCUUAACUGAAGAACCUCCGAGAUAAGUCCAUAGUAUCUCUUGUCCAUCAUUGUAAAACAGAAAUCCCUUCAGUGUUGCUUAUGUCCUUGGAUUACAGCACUCUUUGUCCAAGCAAAUAAUCAUCCACAACCCACAGUUUGUAUGAGUGACUUGAUGCAAGUCUCCAGAGCAGACAGACAUCAUUGGUACUGAGGUCUCUGAUCAAAGCAGUCAGCACCACAAAAAAAGGCAACAACUACCAAGAGACCCUGUGAGUUAUCUAAAAACAAGUCCAUUAUUCUUGAAAACCUAAAUUCCCCAUGAUUUCACAGUCACCAGUUCUGUGUUAAGUUAGACCUUAAUUCCCUAUAACAUCCCUUGUAUUCUUGGUAGUUUCACAGGAAUGUUGUCAGAACAAUCCCAAAAGGCAGGAAUCAACGGUCAUGGAGCUUACAAAAAAAACGAAUUUUUAAGAAGUUAAAAAAAAGCUUGGUUACUUCAUCUGGCAUCCUGAGAUAACAUGAGAAAUACCUCUGUGGAGUCAGUCUGGUUUGGAUUGGGUAACACCAUGGGGCGGCAGGACUCGCUGCUCCUCCAUCCUGUUGGACUGGGACCGAAGGAUGAGACUGAAAAAAUCUUCAUCUGGAACAGUUGGUCCCUUAGUCGUAGAGGGUGGAGCAGCACACCUCUGGUCAUUAAGCCUGGAGCCCUAAAACAUUGUAGAGGUAGACAGCACAGUUACAUUAGCUGAUACCGUUGAGGAUACUGUUGAGGCUAGUACAAGUAGCUACGUGUGGAUCGCUGUGGGGCUGAAAUCAUAAGUUGACCGAUGGAAAAAUAACUGGCAACUAUUUUAAUAAUGGAUUAAUUGUAACUUAUCAGGCACUUGGGGUGUUAAACCGCAAUUAGCAUUUUUCACUGUUCUGGCAUUUUAUAGAUUAAAUGAAAAUGAAAAUAAUCAUCAAUUGCCGGCUUAGAUUACAGACAAUUUAAGAAAAGUUAUUUCUUGAAAGACAGAAAAAAAUCAAGCGCACAAUGUGAGGUCUGUUGCUUGAAUAUUUUGUAUUUGAGACAUUUAGAUUGAAAUGAUUAUGCUUUUUUUGGUUGUAAUACAACUGAUUUUAUUCUGUUAAAAGAAUAAAACCUCCAUGGGUCAAGCUAAACUAUGAAAAAUUUGUAGUGAAAUUUAUACAAAUAUGGAGCACUGAGCUUCUGCAGCACCUGGCUCUAUAAACUGCAGCCACUUGAUCUCAUGAGAUUAUCACUGCCCGUGUCGAUGUGACACCACAGCAAGUCAUGUAUUAUAUUGAGCCAGACGGCAAUCACCGAUAACUGAUUCUGUGCAGGCCUUGUUUAUCUGGAACCGGCCGAUUGCUUUGUCAUCAUAUACCAGGAACACACUGUUACAGGUAGUGUAUUUUGACAGUGAUUUCCCUGAAACCACUUAGGACUGAGUCAAAACACACAUGCACAAAAAAGUGCUUGGGGUUCAAAAAUAAAAUAGUGCACCAAGAUAGUUGUGGCUGGUGCCUUUGAAAUUCUGCCAACUGAAUCCUCUAAGAGCCGGAUUGUUCCCCUUCAACGUCUUAACAGAGAAGGAUUCACAGUAGGUGGACUCAUUGCCAAAGAAAUGGUUGAAAAGAAAGACGGUAGGACAAAAUUGUACAGGUCCGUAUUUAUCAAGUAAUUUUUGUAAUACUUCCCGAGAAAUUUCAGUGUUAAAAAUUGGAGCACUUCCAAUUCCAAUGAAUUUCUAGUGUAACCUCAGGAGUCUUUUAGCCAGUGCACAGUAGGUCAUUAUCUGUAUGGAACGAUGUAAAACCUGUCCACAGGGAAGCAAAUAAUUCAACAUGAAUGAAGAAUGGAGUUUCUAAUAAUAAAUUAACAGUCGAUGAAUAAAUAUGUAGCUUUUAAUGGAUCCUCUCUUCAAAUGAAAUUCCCCUAAGUAGCAAGAAACUAUGCUGUUUUUCAUUACAGACCAACAAGCAUUACAAAAAAAAAGAGGUCUAUAUUAAUCAAGUAAUAUACUAGAUUUCUUUUUCUUACCUGGCACUUAACUAGCAUGUCGAAGAAGACAUCAUCCCCCUCAGGCUGCUCAGCGCUUGCCUCUAUGCGACUGUACAGGGAGGGUGUGUGAGUUGUACUGGAGAUGGGGGCUGGGAGGAAAUAAAAAAAACAAACAAGCAUCAGUUGCAAUGUGAAGCAGUGAUACUGAGGGAGAUGACAAAACUAGUGAAUACCUCAUAUUAUUUCAUCACCUUGUGUGGGGACUUGAUCUGUGCUGGAGGUGGAGGGUGUACGAGGCGGGCUGGAGGUGUUGAGAUGUAAGCCAGGAAAAUGGCUCAGGCUGACUCGUUGGUCGUCCAGACGACGGGCCUGGGAGCUGGCCAGCAGCUCCAGGAAAUGACCAGGAUCCUGCAAUGGUGUUUCGCACUCCGAAAUAGCUAGAAACAAAGACAAUUAUUAUCUGUGGGUGAUUUGUAAAAAAUAUAAAUAAAAAAUUGAAAAUGUGCUGGGAACAGGGAGUUGUGUCUUUUACUCCUCUACCCAGCACUUCAUUCUGACCUUGUAGAAGUUAAAUACAGGAAAAAGAGAUGAGAUGUUACUGCUUUGCAGUUUUUCUGUGAAACUUAAAGAAACCCUCUGCCUAAAAUCUGCCUUUUGAGUGUCAAAAUCAGACCUGAGAGCUGGCUAAAAAAAAAAAAAUAAAAAAUAAAUAAAUAAAUAGAAACAAAAGCUGUGAUAAGGUUGGAUUCAAGGCCAUUACAGAGGAGCAGAA